AUGAAGAUUCCGAGUUUCAGCUGGGAAAGAUUACGAGAUGUGUUUUAUCGUAGUAGGAUUCUAUGCGAAUCAAAGUGGCCUGCCCUUGACGAUGUUCAGUACGCUAUAUCAACGACACUUAUCGCAAUAGAGGUUAAUGAAGCUAUAGAGAUAUAUGAUUACCAGGGAGAGCUUGAAGCUACGCUCGACAAGAAGGCCUUUCCUGACGUAGUUGCUUUCGAAUUUGAUGAGAAUGAUAACUUGAUUAUUGCGACGCCGAACUCAAUUAUAAUGGUUCGCAGUUGGAGACCACUUAAUCUCUCGAAAUGUCUUCUGAAGGAUGAAGUACAGGAUUCAAUAUGGGAUUUUAAACAGAGUUUGCUUGUAACAAGACAAAAUCAGGACAUCUAUAGAUAUCAGAACCAUAAAAUUGAGCUAAUUUGCAAGAAUAGCGGGCGAUACACACUACUCACAAAAGAACAUUGGGGCAGCGACCGAAAAAAAGCCGUCCUUUUGGAUGUAAAUCAUGUCUUCCAGCUCGAGAUAGAGGACAAAUUGCUAUCGAAAUCCCUUCAGGACUCGCAGUGGCAAAAUGUGGUCAUUUCUCCGGACGGUUUAAUAUGCCUCUACAGCUCAAAAUUCAACAAACUACAAAUAUACAAGGACCCGCAGAGGAUUUUGCUCGAGCACUCGUUGGAUGGGGUUCCCAAAAUCAUCAAGUGGUGCGGUAAUGACUCUAUUGCCUGUUCUUUUACGGACGAGGUAAGGCUUUACGGUCCAGAAAAUUCCUAUGUCACAUUCUGGUAUCCUCAUGAGAUAUCGGCCUUGUUCACAGAGGCUGAUGGCCUUAAGAUCUUUACCGAAGAAGAUGUCAGGUUCAUAUCUAGAGUUUCAAGUUCUACGUCAAACGCCUUCCGGGUUGGCUCAACAGAACCUGCUGCAAUCUUACUGGAUUCGCUGGAUCUACUCGAUAGUAACAUAUCAGGGGCAAUAGAAAACCUGAAAAUUAUAAACCUUGAGAAGGCUGUCGAGGACUGCAUUGCCGCCGCUAAGGAAGAGUUUGAUCCUCACAUUCAGAAGCAAUUAUUGAGUGCCGCUUCAUUUGGUAAAGCCUCACUUGCAUACAGAAGUUUUGACUCGGAUAAAUUCGUUCAUGCUUGUGAUAAAAUCAGACUAUUGAAUCUACUGAGAGGACGAGCAAUGUUUUUAACAGCGGCUGAAUUUGAUAGGAUAAGCCUAAAUGGGAUAAUUGAGAGACUACUUGUGCGUCACAAGCAUUAUCAUGCAAUCGCCAUUUGCAGAUUGACUAAAAACCUCUCCUUUUUGCCAAAGGUAUUCUCGUCCUGGGCAAUAACCAAAUUACAGUUAUCGCCAGAAUUGGAGGACGAUGAACUACUGUCGCUUAUUAAGGAGAAAUUUUUUGACUUACAGACAAAAGCUGAUGGUCAUAUGGCUAGAGUAGCCCAUGCCGCCUUUCUUGAGGGUCGUUUCCGUUUAGCCAGAGAUCUUGCUCUUCUGGAGCCGUCUACCACCCUGAAAAUAUCAGAACUGCUUGGACUCGAAGAUGAUAAUUUGGCUCUGACAGUAUCUAUGGAAGCCAGAAGUCCCGAGCUUACUCUUUCACUUCUUCUAAGUUUACGUGAAAGGUUAACAACAACACAGCUCAUCAGACUAUUGACGAUCAACAUGAGCAACGAACAACUAUAUCCAUAUUAUAACAGAAAAUAUCAUUCUUUGCUCUACGAUUACUAUCGACAAAUGGACCAAUAUGUUGAUCUGGCCCAAUUGCUCAUAGCUCAGGCCAAACAGCAGGGAAGUUUAAGAGCUUUUCUGCCUCAAGUGAGGGAGCUCUAUAGCAAGAUUCCAAAUAACCCUUUGACAAAAGAGAACACUGAGCUUCUUUUGAGGCAGGAAAAAUUAUACACUUAUCAGGAUUCUUUGAGUUCGAAAUAUGGACAGAAUUUCAUUGAUAUGUCGCUUGACGAGACCCUAUCCAAGCUCAUCGAUUUGAGGCAGGAAAGACAAGCGCAAGACUUAGUCAAGAGGUUCAAUGUGACGGACAAGAAAUUUUACCAUUUGAAGUGCAAACGUCUUAUUGAAAAUAAGUUAUUUGAGGACCUGUAUGAGUUCGCUAUAAGCAGAAAAUCUCCGAUAGGUUAUCGACCGUUCUACAAUUAUCUCAAAAGGAAGGGUUACAAUGCAGAGGCCGUGAACUACGUUGAUAUGAUAUCUGGAAUAUCAUAUAAACAAAAAUGGGAUCUAUACCUAGAAUGUAAGGGUUAUUACGAGGCCAUACGGCUUGCAGGCAAGGAGAAGGACGUGCUAGGCCUUAAAGAACUGUACAGAAUUGUCCCUGCUAAUGAACCCAGAUUAAAAGCGGAGAUAAAUCAGAUAAUGAGCAAACUAUGA